UUCCCACCCCUUUUGCUUAUCUCUCCAUCAAAAAACAAACACACACUCUCUAAAACCGUACAACGUUAUACUAAAUUUUCUAUCGUUAUGGCGACGAUUGUUUGUCACCAAGGUUUACAGUCAUGUCUCGAGUCGCAGUUGGUUGAGCCGAGAGCAUUGAGGCUAACGUUAUCUUCGGCGAGACCACGCGAAUUGAUCAGUAAGUCGUGUUCGGUUAACCCUGAACCGGGCGGUUGGAGUUUACUCCAGGCUCUGUUCAAUAGUCCUCAAUCUUCAAAAGGGGAACAAGGGAAUGAAAACACUUAUGUUCAUCCUUUAGUGAAACGUUCUUUGUCUAGUUUAAGUGAGAAGAGCUUGGAACUGUGUACUGAGAAUUUGGGUAGUGAAACGGGGAGCGACGAUGUGUUGGAAGACGACGUGUUCGCAUUGUCUUCACAUAGUUCGCAAGGUGGGAAUCCUCCGACAUGGAAAUCGGGUCAAUCAUUGGGGGGCACUAAGAAAGCAAUUGCUGGAGAUUUCCCACCACCACUGACAACGAUAAGCGGAUCGGAAUCGCUUCGCGUUAGGUCCCACCGUGAAAACGGAAGGUUGGUGAUUCAAGCUGUCAAGGCCCCAUCGAACAACCCCAUCUUUCAAGCUGAGCGAAGCAAUGGCCGCCUUCGACUUCACCUUUUGAAAUAUUCCACUUCCAGCAUUGACCAUGAAGAAGAAGAAACAGCCGACGUGGAAAAUGAUAAUAACACCAACAACAACGAAAACGACGACGAAGAAGAACAAGAAGAAGAGUAUGAAAACGAUGAUAACUACAUAGCUGAAGAAGAGGAACCAGAGAAAGAAGAAGAUGGGGAAACGGCCACUCUUCAAAGGAGCUGGGAUGGCAGAGGGAGGUACUACUGUAAAGAAGGUGAAAAUGAAAAACAGGGGAUUGUUAAAAUGGGUGGCUACAACAAUAUCCAUAGUUUUAUUCUGGAUUUGCCUGUAUAAUAAUCAAUAUUCCCCCCCCCCUUUUUGUCUUUGUUUGUGGUUUUUUUUUUUGAUUGAAUUCCUCUGUUUCAUCUUUUAAGGAAUAAUGUUUUUGUAGUAGGUAGGUAGUUAUUAUCGUUA